AUGGUCGCAAAAGGCGCAUCGUCAGUGUCGACGCGCUUGUCUCGCCCCAUCUGGCCUCGUGGCAUUUUUCCGAGCCCGAACGCAAAUCGUAGCGACUCCGCCCACGCUCUCGUCCUGCUCGUCCUGCUCGCCCUGCUCGCCCUGCUCGGCCUGUUUCUGGCGCGCCCCAAAGCCAUGCCAAGAGCCAAGCUCACUCGGUUUGCCUGCAACGCAAACUUGCGCGCUCUGCCACCGCCGUCGACAGAGACGGGGCAACGUAGCAUGGCUGGCAUUUUCGUCCGGCCUCUGCACCUGCUCUGCUCCGCGCCCAGGAUCGGCGCUGCUCUCCGAACGCUUCGGAGCAAGGACUUCCUUGUCCUGCCAACUGGCCCGGACGCCGAGCCCAAUCAAGGCGUCCGUGCAGCAAUCCGGGACGCAACGCAAGACCCGCGCAUCGAGCGUACCAACGCUGCCACUGCGUUCCAGACCGCUUGCGAUGCGGGGUAG